CGAAGGCGGUAACAUCAAUGGUCGUAGUGAUAACGAAUAAUACCAGCAGCAUGGAUAGUAACGGUUGUGGUAGUCGUGAGGAACAGUAAGAACGUUGUUGUUACUGUCUGUCGGUAGCGAUGUGUUCAAGAACUUCUCUGUUUCUUCAGAAUCGGACGUUGCUUAUUUAGCGGAACCCAACACUUGAGAUGGAGAAUGGUUAAAUUAUAGUGGCAAGAGCAGCAGUAGCAGAAGCACCACCACCACCAUCAACAACAAGUGAAAGAGAGAGAGAGCAUUUUUAUUCGAAUUUUGCUAUCGAAGUUAGGAAAAGUUGGUGGAAAAAAAAAGUUAGGCAAUUACCAAAAGUUAGAGAAUUAAAUUUGAAGCACAACAACAUGAUGAUGAUGAUAUGAUGAUGACGAUGGGGAUGCUGACGAAGACGACGACGAUAAUGAUGAUGAUGAUGACGGUGAUAACUUAAGAAGUUGGAACAGAAAACUUUUCCACGCGAAGUUUUAAGGGAGACCACGUCGAGAUAUGUGGAAACUGUUGAAAGAAACUACUAGAUUCUGGAUUAUUUCCUAACAAAAGAAACUCGAUUUUACUUACACACUUACUUCUUCUUCCUCUUCUUCUUCUCACUACUACUACUACUGAAAACUUUGACCUAAAUUAUUUAAAGUUUAAGGGACAAUUACACACAUUAUCAUAUGUUCUUUCAAAUUUAUAGUUUUCAUAUUUUCUCUUUAAUUUGAAAAUAAGAUAAAACUCUUUCGAAAAUUUCAAUUAAGAAUUUCGUUGCGUACUGCAUUCAAAGUACAUCUCUUUAAAAGUACAAAAGGGAACUUUGUUUUUAUCCACGGACCUACCGAAAUACAAUGUGAUGUGAAGUCGUAUGAACUGGAAAAUUACAAGGCUUUCUUAUAAAUAGUGAAAUUAGCUUCCAAAAAUUCAUCUUGGAUUUGAUAAACUUUUCUAAUUUAAAUAUCUACAAAAAGAAAAUCAAAUAAAAUGGUAUAGAAUUAAUAAAUAUCGUUUCCCUUCUGUAUAUAUUGGUAAAGAAGGAAGUUGUAUUAAUUUAAAUGAUUGUCAAUAAAAGUUAUUUUUGUGUGUGUGUGUGUCUGUAAAAAAAAACUGUUAUAAACUCAAAUACAUUUAUUACAACACACGACAAAAAUAACAGUUGGAAAAGAUAAUAUCUUUUUUUUUUCAUUAAUUCCGACCAACUUCAAAAACACCGAAAAAGUACAAAAAUAAAAAAUAAAAAAGGAAAAGAAGAGAAAAGAACUUUUAAAACCUCUUCCGGUUUAUUUAUGAACUUUGAGGAUUUCAGUUGCUCCCUUACUACUUUCUUUCUACCCGACUUAGCUUUCAGCUAUACGGGUAUCAUGCAGUUUGAUCUGAAGUCAGAUAUCGAGAUAUGAUGAACGGGUUGAUAGUUUUCGAAGUUAUCUUGUUAUCAUGUGUAGUGGUUUCCCUGAUGACCCCUACUUCUGUCCCACCUGACUGUACGUUUCGCGUCGACGCAUGCGAACCUUUGAAAAGCAAUGUUUGUUUAGGGGCCCAAGUUGACUUCACUCAUACAUCAACCGUAUUUCUGAGAAACGGCGAUAACGACAGUUCGACCGUGACACAAGAAGAGAUUCAACAGAAGUUACAACUAUGGAAGGGACUCCAGAAUUUCCACAAGUGUUGGUCGGUGGUCCAGCAUCUCUUGUGUUCGGUCUAUGUACCGAAAUGCGAUCCGAACACGUCUAAAGUUGAAUAUCCCAGUCGCGAGUGGUGCCAAAGCGCCGAAAAACAAUGUAGAAUUGUAGAGACUUUUAACAAGAAUCAGGGAUGGCCAUCCUUCCUACGAUGUCAGGCCAAUCACUUUAAGGAAUCGUGUAAGAAUACUGGUUACCAGAAAGUGACCUUCAACAGUACGGGUGUGUGCAGUUGGCCCCUCAUAAAUACCAAUAACUCUGCCACUUGGUACGGCGACAUAGAAGGCUGUGGUCUGCAAUGCAAGAACCCGCUCUACACAGACAGGCAACACAACCAGGUCCACGUCUUCAUUGCUGUUCUGGGGACCCUUUCGUUGUUGUCUUCUUUGUUCACCGUGCUAACCUUCCUGAUCGACUGGAAGAAUGCCAGCCGCUAUCCUGCCCUCAUCCUGUUUUUCAUUAACAUCUGCUUUGUGAUGGGCAGCAUUGGAUGGUUGGCCCAGUUUGCUGGAAAUGCUCGAGAGGAUAUCGUAUGUAAUGCUGAUAAAACUGUACGGAUUGGUGAACCGCAACCAGGUUCUGGUGAGAGUGCUUCCUGCAGCAUCAUAUUCCUCCUCAUCUACUAUUUCACAAUGGCUGGCGUUGUCUGGUUUGUCAUGCUCUCCUACGCCUGGCACACAACAUUCAAGGCCCUUGGUACACCCCGUGACAUACUCAGUGGUAAAACUGCCUAUUUCCACAUCAUUUCGUGGUGUGUCCCUUUGGUGCUCUCCAUCACCUGCCUUGCAUCUUCAGAAAUCGAUGGUGAUUAUAUAUCUGGUAUAUGUUUCGUUGGCUAUGUCAACCGUGGAGUACGUGCUGGAUUUGUUCUUGUACCAAUUGCCAUAGUCCUUAUCUUAGGACUCAAUUUUAUGGUCAGAAGUUUAUGUACUCUAAUCAGCGUGAAGAAGGAGACACCGGACUUUAUUGGAGACAAAGCCACUGCCAAGAUCCAGGAGACAAUCAUUAGAAUUGGAAUGUUCUCCGGUCUUGCAGUGCUGUUCGUCUGUGUCACCUUUGCUGUCCAUACGUAUAUAUUUGUCUGGGAGGAAGACUGGCGGAAGAAUCUCAAGAAUUAUGUCAUGUGUAAAGUGGAAGCAACGGUGACCAACAUGACUACAUCAGUUUGUGACUCGCUGUUUGAGAACAAACUCAGCCUCGUCGCUACGGAGAUUCACAUCUUCUCAUUCUUCGGUGCCGGAAUAGUCAUGAGUUCCUGGUCUUGGAAUAAAGCAUCUCUUUCUGCCUGGGAACGAUUCCUACGCAAAGUAUUCCGUAAACCAUCCAGUCGUACGGUGAAGCUGAAACGGCACAAAAUGAUUGCUAAAGCAUUUGCUAAGAGGAAGGAAAUAAACAGUGGUCGCUUUUCCAUCAGUUUCUACAGCACCCAUGAUGACCCCUUAGGGAUGAAGUUUGAUUUAAAUAGUGUCAGCUCCGGAGAUGUUUCUUCUGAGUUUGCUGCCAACAUGCCAAAAUUGGUUCGAAGACGUGGAGGUAUGUUUCAGCCCAUGGCCGGAACCCUGAGGAGAUAUUCGGACUCUGAUGUCGCAUCAGUGACGUCACGGAUAUUUUCCAUGGAAAACAGUGAUGGGGAGAAAAUAGAUGAUGGGAACGAUCAAAAACUGAAGAAGAAAAAGAAGAAGAAGAAACGUUUUUCUAACAACCGUGUCAAACCUCAGUUGACCCCUUUGGUUUUAGCCAUGCAGAAAGGGGCACAGGAGUUCCUUCGGAGCAGUAAAAGACACAAGCGUCGUGGUAGUGAUACGUCUGGUAUCAGUCGGGCUUCGGCUCAGAGCAUCCAUUUCUCUCUCGACCGAAACAGCAGCGCUGAUGCUCUGUCUAUUUCUUCGAUGAAACCAAAUUCGGAAUUGAACAUUCAUAAAAUCCACAAGACAGAAACAAAAUCUAAAAGAGUGACAAACUUUGCUAUUUUCACAGCGAAUUCUUUAUUGCCGGGAUCUGUACAAGACAACGAUGGCCCACAAGGGACGAAUUUAGCCAUGGGAGACAUGACCGCCGGUCAUUCAUCCUGUACGCAGUGUGGUGCCCAAAGUGUUUUCCCACCUGAAAUUGCCAUUUUUAACAUAGAAGACGAAACUUCAUCAACCACUUCUUCUUCUUGCUGAUUCCUGCCAAAACUCCAAUUUCACCAAAGACAUUUCUAUCAGUUCCCAGAUAACAUUGCAUCUUUUGAGACGUCCUACAAACAGAGGGUACUUGAGUUUCAUUUCUCAAGUCCCUCGUAAGGACUGGAGGUUAAUGUCUCUUAUUUUUUUGUUUUGUCUCCAGUUCUGACCCUGCCUAAACUCCAAUUUCACCAAAGACAUUUCUAUCAGUUCACAGAUAACGUUGCAUCUUUUGGGACAUCCUACAAACAGAGGGUACUUGAUUUUCAUUUCUCAAGUCCCUCGUAAGGACUGGAGGUUGACGUCUCUUAUUUUUUUUUUGUCUCCAGUUCUGACUUGCCAUUUACCCUUUUGUUACCAUUUUUCUAUUGAAAUACUCUGCCUUUGUUUCAAAUAGAUUUGAAAAUAAUGAAGA